AUGGCCCGUAUGAGUUACAUUGCUAUUGCCCAUUACCUUCUUUACCGUAAAAUCGUUCCGAGUGGUGUUUACAAGCGUCGACGUAUUGGCGAUACAAUCAUCUACUGCUUUGACUCAAGCAAGCGAUGGGGGACAAAACUUUCGCAAAUGAUGCAAGGGUUGAAGGAGGCUAUUGAAAAAAAAUAUGUUGAGAGCGUCUUGGUCGUUAUCAAUGAGGGGGAGGCUGCUUCGGAGGUCUUCAUUAUCCGCUUUAGUUAUGAAAAGGAGCAUUCACUCAGCAUUGUCAACGAGGAUGGUCAUCCAAUUAUCUCUUCUGAAUACAAAGACGAAAAGGCAUUCCGUUACCAAACCAAACACAUGAUCAAAAAAAUCAACAUUGUCACCAAAAAACUUUCUCCAUUAAAUGCUGGCGUUUCUCCUGAAUUAAAGCUUACUUAUUUUCCGGGUAUUUUUAAUGAAUUUUUAAAUAUUUGUCUAUUUUUAGGAGUGCCUAUUGAUUAUCAACCACCUUUUUUUGAGGCAGGGAAUGGGACUUACAAUUUUGUUACCAAACCUACAUUUUAUACUUAUGGUUACAUUUCGUCAGUCUCUACAGCAAUUGCAUUUCAACUUAAAAGUACUUAUUUUGACAAGGGGAAAAUUAACGAAUUGGAGGACACUCUUUAUGAUGAGGCUGGUAUUGUUGACAAACAAUUUGUGGAUGCAAAGGAUGUUAGCGGUGAUUGUUUCUCUGAUGAAGAAGAAAGUCCUAUUCAACAAAUUGCGGAAAGUCCAAUGAUGGAGGUUGAAGUUCCACGUGGUGAGGUUGUUUACAAACAUGUCUUUUUGGAGGAUCCCAAGUCGUCGAAAUCAAUGCGUUCACUUUUGAAGAGUCCGGAGGAUCAGCUUGCUUAUGAUGGUGCCUUUUAG